UGGAGGGAACCGGGAUCAGCCAGGGGCCAGCAUGAGCCGGAGGGAGGGAAGUCUGGAAGACCCCCAGGCUGACUCCUCAGUCUCACUGCUUCCCCACUUGGAGGCCAAGAUCCGUCAGACACACAGCCUUGCCCACCUCCUCACUACAUACGCUGAGCAGCUGCUCCAGGAAUAUGUGCAGCACCAGGGAGACCCCUUCGGGCUGCCUGGCUUCUCGCCACCGCGGUUGCCUGUGGCCGGCCUGAGCGCCCCGGCACCGAGCCACUCGGGGCUGCCGGUGACCGAGCGGUUACGGCUGGACGCGGCGGCACUAGCCGCGCUGCCCCCGCUGCUUGAUGUAGUGCGCCGCCGCCAGGCGGAGCUGAACCCGCGUGCACCGCGCCUGCUGCGGCACCUGGAGGACGCGGCGCGCCAGGCCCGGGCUCUGGGCGCCGCCGUGGAGACCGUGCUGGCCGCGCUGGGUGCGGCCGCCCGUGGGCCUCGGCCUGAGCCCCCAGCCGCCGAUGCCGCCACCGUCGCGGGAGUCUUCCCGGCCAAGGUGCUGGGGCUCAGCGUGUGCGGCCUUUACCGCGAAUGGGUGAGCCGCACCGAGGGCGACUUGAGCCAGCUGGUGCCCGGGGGCCCUGCGUGAGCAUGGGGCGAGGGGCGCACUUCGCGCUGUCGCCUUCUCUCUGCCUAUGUUCAUUUCCCCGUCUGUCUGCACUUCUUUGUCUCUUCCAUCUCUGUUGGUGUUUUCUGCUCUCCCGCUGUCUCCGUCGCUGUGUCCCGCAUCUCUUUGCUUUUGCAUGCCCUCUUUCGUUCCAGGACCUCCUUUUCUCCGUAGGUCUACCAUUUUCCCACUUUCCCUCUCUUUUUCUCCAUCCUUGGGCUUGCCUCAGUCUCUAUUGGUCUCUCUCUUUACCCGGCUCUGGGGAUCUCUUUGUUUCUCUCCUUCGCCAUCUCUUGUUUCCCCUUGGUCCCACAUAAGAAUGUGUACAUCUCAGCCUCAUCUCAAGGAUGUCUUUCUGUCUCCCUCCGUCCCUUCCUGUCCUUUUUUGGCCAGGGACGGUCCUGCCUGCCUUAUGGUGGAAAGGCAUUUCAAAUUUCAACCACCUGCCCCCAGGUCAUUCUACCUGCUAUCCUCACUCUACCCCGCAUAUCCCUUUGGGCCCGCCCCCUCUAGCUUUGAUGUAGGUUCUUCACUCCCUCCGCCCAGUUCCUGCACACCUCCACCCCAUCCAAGCCAGGUCUGUGGAGAAAGAGAGGGGGGGAAAAAAAGCAACACCUUA